GGCGCCAGCGAGGACACCAGGAGGCACAGAAUACAUAGUGGGACGAAGAAGCACAAAUUGAGGAUGGCCGGUGAUGAUGCUGACGGAAGAAACAAAUCAGAGGACACCAAACGAGGACUGCUUCUGCAGGUGGCGACCGCUCUGGCUCUCUCCGUGGUCGGCUUCAAUAUCGGCGCGUGCAUGUCCUUUUCUGGCAUAUUCGCCGAGCAGAUGACAUCUGCUGACGCGCGACCCGCACUGAGCCGGUCGCAGAUCUCCUGGGUGGCCUCUGCGUACGCCAUCGGCAACAUCCCGGGCUUCCUGCUGUCCAGCUACGCCAACCCGCGGCUGGGCACCAUCCGCCUCGUGCAGCUGUGCGCCCCGGUCCUGGCCGGCGGCUGGCUGCUGCUGGCGCUCGGCAACAGCUUCUGGACAAUGCUGGCCGGCCGCGCGCUGACCGGUAUCGGCGUGGGGACCGCCUUCGGACCCACCAUCACACAUAUCGGUGAAAUAUCGUCUGUCAACGUUCGCGGAGCACUCUCAGUGUUCUUGAACGUGAUGAUUAGUGCCGGUAUGCUCGCCAUUUUCUUAUGCGGAUGGCAGCUUGACUGGCGACAUACAUGUCUAGUUGUGGGCAUCGGACCUGUCGUUGUGAUGUUUCUGGUCACACUCAUGCUUCCUCGCUCCGCCAAAUGGCUCAUCUCAAAAGGGCAUCCGGUGGAGGAGGCACAACGCUCGCUCCGUUUUUACCAUGGUCAUGAUUACGAUGUGGAUAAGGAAAUCCGUUCUAUUAGAGAUUCGCUCGGAGAUCAGCACAAGUGUGACGCGUCGCUACUCGACGUUUUGAAAUUACUGAAACACAGACGAUACUCGCAGCCAUUCUGCAUUGUUCUUGUAUCGUUUAUAUUUUUCAUGAGCUCUGGUGGAUUCACAACAGCCGCCUUUGCUCCAGUGGUGUUCAAACAGGUCGGGGCGAUCGAUAACCCGUACAUGGGCUCAAUCUUUGUGGGUGUCCUAAGAGUGACCGCCUCUGUCCUGACCAGCCCCGUGAUGUCCAAAUGCGAGCGGAGUACCCUGAUGAUGACGAACGGCGCUGUCGGCGGCGCGGCCUGUGUCGUGGCCGGCUGUUUCCUGUUCUACAGCGCCGCGCUGGCCGACUACGCCUGGGUGUCUCUGGUGUCGAUUCUGGUGAUCGUGGGCGCCAUGUCGUUCGGCAUCGGCGUCCUCACCAAUGUGUUGCUGGCCGAGCUGCUGCCCAACGCGGUGCGCGCCGAGCUCGGGGGCAUAGUGCUGCUGCUGGCGGCCGUGGUCAACUUUGGCAUGCUGUACGCCUUCCCAGCGCUGAUCGCUCUGCUCGGUAUGCCUGGAGUGUACUGGUUCUUUGCAGCCAUGCACGUGGCUAUGCUCGUUUUUGCUAAAUUUUUCGUGCCUCAAACACGUGGAAAGACCAUUGAAGAGAUUCAAAAGAUGUUUGAGAAAGAUGAUGAUGUUGGCCAGACUGUAACUACUGGGCAAUAAUGACCUGCUGCUUGUCAUGAAAUAAAUAGAC